AUGAAGACGCUCGGCAUUCCCCUGCCUCGAUUUGAAUGGCUGGGCGACACUACACGCUUGACAUCGCACCACAUCCACUUUCUCCAUCUCGGCUCUGUUCAAGGAGUCGCUGCCACCGGCGCGGCGUUUGGCCAGCUUGCCGACACAUUUUGUCACCGAUGGGUGGCGUAUGUCGUCCAGUGUUACGGAAAACCCGUGCUGGAUGCGCUCUCGACAUCACGCUACUUUGGCUAUUCGAACGAGGAGUGGCGACGUGUCUACCAUGCCACGUGGACGCAAACCCCCGCAGCCAUCACGUCCGACGACGACGAUGACGAGAGCAAAGCCGACUCGCUGCUCGUGUGGCUCCCUUGGUGUGCGACGCCCGACGUGUCGCAUUGCUCUUUGACGUGGCUGCGAAAAUGA